UAACAGCGUCCCUGCUGGUUCUCCAUUCUGCAUCCGUGCAGCCACGUUCUAUUGAUGGCCUGUUGUGAUUUCAAUGGAACAUCAUGGGAUGUACCUGGCACGUCGGGCAGCACUGGAUGGAGGUGCCUUUAGCCCAAUGUACCUGGCAUGGUGGUAAGGUGAAGGUGAAAGGAAGAGAAGGUGGAGAUGGAACUGCCAAAUCAUGCCAAACAACUGCUACUGCAGCUGAACCAGCAACGAGCCAAAGGUUUCCUCUGUGAUGUGAUCAUUGUGGUAGAAAAUGCCCUGUUUCGUGCCCAUAAAAACAUCCUGGCAGCCAGCAGCAUGUAUUUCAAAUCCCUCGUCCUGCAUGACAACCUGAUUAACUUAGACACGGACAUGGUGAACCCCACCGUGUUCCGGCAGAUCUUGGACUUUAUUUAUACUGGUAAGCUCUUAACGACUGACCAGCCCGGUGAACAGAACUUUAAUGCUCUCCUCACCGCAGCAAGCUACCUCCAACUGCACGACCUGGCAGCUCUCUGCAGAAAGAAGCUGAAGCGGAACAGCAAGUCCUUUGCUGGCAAGGCCGGUGGCCUUGGUGUUGGGAGAUCUGCCAGGAGUCAAAGACUUUCCACUGCUUCAGUCAUCCAAGCUCGCUAUUCAGGGUCAAAUGAGGGGUUGAAGGGCUCACACUCAAAGGAGCUGUCAAAGGGAAAGCUCUCCGAUGACGAGGUCUUCAUCAGCAGCUCCAACCAAGAGAACUGUCACUCCUUAAGCAGGGGAGGCAGUAAGAACGGAGGUGGGGGCAGCAGCGCAAACGGGAGCACCGGCGACCAGGAGCUAGGCCUUGACCUGUCCAAAAAGAGCCCGUCACUCCCUGCUGCAGCCUCCCACGAUGACACGCAGCACAGCGAAAGCCAGCAUGGCUCUCCCCAAUCUGCCUCAGCCCCCGCAGCCAACAGUGCCUCAUCGUUCGACGAGUCUGGAGUCGGAGCCCCUCACAGCAUGGCGGACAGCAGUGACCCCAUGGAGAUGGAUCUGAGCGAAGAGUGCCACCACUCACUGACAGAGAGCAGCCAGCGCAAGGGCCUCCGGCACUCGUCCCGCAAGAAGGAGUGGAUCAAGAAAGACAACGCCUUCGACCGAAAGGAGGGGGGCACAGACAGGGAUGAGGGCGAAGGGCUGCCCAACGGGAUCCUGCUGGGGCCCUUGUCCAAGUCUGUGGAGCGGAGUCUGGCCGGGGCCUACGGUGCAGACCUGCCCUACCCGUGUAAGGAAGAGGUGGAAAACGGUAAGGAAAACAGCGACGACAGCGGCCAGAGCGAGAGCGAGAGCGGUGGCCAUACCAGUGCCAACUACGUCUACCGGCAGGAGGGGUUUGAGCCAGUGGCCUACGGUGACAACCUGUACGUCUGUAUCCCCUGUGGAAAAGGCUUCCCCAGCUCCGAGCAGCUCAAUGCCCACGUGGAGACGCACACCGAGGAAGACCUUUACAUCAAAGAGGAAGGCACAUACGGCGGCAAAGACGAAGCCGAGGAUUUGUCAAACCCCAACCAGUCCUACGCCGCCGAGUCCAGACCCUUCAAGUGUUCAGUGUGUGAGAAGAGCUACAAGGAUCCAGCCACGCUGCGGCAGCACGAGAAGACUCACUGGCUGACGCGGCCCUUCCCUUGCAACAUCUGCGGCAAGAUGUUCACGCAGCGGGGCACCAUGACGCGGCACAUGCGCAGCCACUUGGGGCUGAAGCCCUUUGCUUGCGAGGAAUGCGGGAUGCGCUUCACCCGGCAGUACCGACUGACAGAGCAUAUGCGUGUCCACUCAGGAGAAAAACCUUACGAAUGUCAACUGUGUGGUGGGAAAUUCACCCAGCAGCGCAAUCUGAUCAGCCACCUGCGAAUGCAUACCUCUCCCACAUAAGCCAAAGACUCCAGAAUGAGCUUCGAGCCCAUCCGCAGUGAUUUACCUUUCUUGUAGACUUGCUGCUUAAAAAAAAA